GGUCAGUUACAUUGGAGGCAAAAUGAAGCUUUACGCAGUGCUCUCUUUGUUCAUUGGAUUUUAUCUGCUGCUUUCCGAAGCAAGGGAAAUUUCGAGUUUCUUCGGUGAUCUUGAGGCGGCUGCAUCUGGUCAUAAAUGGGAUAAAGGAGGUGGUGCAGAGGACCACGAGGGUCACUACUCGAAGCACGGAGAAAAGGGGGAGAAAGGUUACGAAGGUGAACACCAUCACGACAAGGGUGAGAAAGGUCACCACGACAAGGAGAAUCAUCACCAUCAUUAUGCCGACCUUGGUGGUCACAAAAAACACCACCAUCAUGAUGAUGGAUAUUUCGCUGAACAUCAUAAGGGAGAAAAGGGAGAAAAGGGACACAAGUUCCACGAGGAUGGAAAGUAUGCCAAGGGUCACAACAUCAAGGGUCAUCACGAGAUUCACAAGUUGGAUGAGUAUAAGAAACAUAAGGACUUUUUUGAUGAGCAUCACGAUGAGGGUCAUCAUGAGGAUCAUGGUGGUCAUCAUCAUGAGCAUAAGCAAAAGAAGGGAGGUCAUCACAAGAAGGGUCAUCAUCAUAGUGGCCGUCAUGAAGGACACCAUGGCAAGAAAGGUCAUCACGAAAAGGGACAUCAUCAUCAUGAUCACAAGGGACAUAAGGGAGAAGGCGGACAUGAUAAGCAUCAUCAUCAUCACCAUGGUUAUGGCAAGAAGGGCGGCCAUAAAGACCACAAAAAUUGGCAAUUCAAAAAGGGACACUAAUCUCCACUAUAUUCCUUUUACCAUUUGCCAGUUUUUAUGU